AUGAGGCAAGUUAUUAAUCGACUAAGAAGUAGUGUGGAAAUGUUUAAUGUUGAUAAGANGGGGGAAAAGCCAUCAGCCAAAUUGACAAAGCAGUCAUCUAAACGUCAUCCCUGUGUCUCCAUCCCCGUCAUAAUUGACACGACCAACGACGCCAUUGCUCCUGAAGUUCUACAAUCCACAUACGGCGACUACUAUAAAGAAGGCAAUUGUAUUCCAAGGACAUUCACCAUUGACAUUUCCAAGUUUGUGUUGGAACAGGUCAGGAAGGACACCAUUUUACGCAGUCAUGGGUCUCAUUUGGACCUCCACAGUUAUCUAGUAGUUCAGGUUUUACCUGAGGGGGGAGCAGGGACACAGGCAACUGUGAAGGUAAGCUUGAAAGGCAACUUCAAGAUGGAGACGGUGAGGAUUGAAACCCUGAAUGACAUGGGUGUCUAUGCCUCAGUGGAUGCCCUGGUGUCAGCAACUGCUGUUUAUAUCUGCAUGCUGCCUUUUGAAUGUUUUUACACAACCUCUGCUCCACCGAUGACAGUGAGUAAGGCAUCUCUCACGUUUGACACUCUGAGUUCAGCUUGCAAAUGGGAAACUGCUUCAGGGCUUCCAGCAGAAUUAUAUAGCGCUCUGAUUGGAGAUUCUGAGGGUAACACACAGAUGGAUGAAACCUGUGAGGAAGACACCUGUGUUGUCUACAGGCAAAGUGAAGAGUACUGUAAUAUCUGCUUUGAGUGGACAUCCCAGGGCUAUGCCAUGGGCUUGGCCAUCAGCCCCUGUUAUCAUUGGUUCUGUCGUAACUGUUGGCAACAGCACAUUGAGAGCAGGGUGCAACAGGGAGACAUGAUCCUGUAUUGUCCAGAAUACCAGUGCUCCUCCAGGCUUGACACGGCGACACUGGUAUCUUUGGUGGACGUCAGGACAGUCAGACGUCACCUGAUGCAGAAACAUGAGCUGGCUCUGAGCAUGGAGGAGAACCUCAAGUGGUGCCCUAACCACAAGUGCGGCAGGAUGAUCAUGGCUAAAGGUCACGCAGCCGAGGAAUCGGUGUCUGUGUCCUGUAAGUGUGGCACUGCUGUCUGUUUCAAGUGUUUGAAAGCGCCUCAUUGGCCAGCUAGGUGUGACCUAGCAGACGAUUACCAACGCAAGCUGUCAGUAAGAA